UCCAUCUUCCUCCACAAAUGUAACUGAAACCUCUCCGUCCUUACUCUCCAUCUCCAUAUAACUUCAUUUUUACCCUAUUUUACAUUCUUCUUUGCAUAGCUUUCCCUCUCUUCCACCCUCACACUGAUCCCCCCCACAACAAACAUGGCUUUCGGGAAGGCACGCUCAAAUAAGCGCUCAUCGGGCUCUUCUUAUACCUCAACUGUAACAACCAUUGUCUUCAUCGCAUUAUGCGUUUUGGGCGUGUGGAUGAUGACCUCAAACUCUGUAAUCCCACCGGAAACCACCACCCGAGCUGCCACCUCCACCACCACCGGCGACUACCCUUCCACCAAAACUUCUCGUCAAACUGAACUCUCCAACAAGGAUAGUUCGGCAGUUUUUGAAGACAAUCCGGGUCAGCUCCCUGAAGACGCCAUCAAAUCUGAUGAUUCCAAGAACACCAAUGUCGAGGAAAAGUCUCAGGAAGAUCAGAACUCGGCAAAUUCAGAAAGUUCGAGUGAGACUGCAAAUGAAGCCGAGAGUAACAUUAGUAAAGAUAAACAAGAACUAGUGGAACAAGAAAUUCAUGCUGCAGAAAGUAACAAACAAGAAAGCGAACAAGAAAGGAGUGGUGGUUCGGUUGUUGAAGAGAACCCACAAGGGUUACAGGGUAAAGAGUCGGUUGAAGAACAAGAGAAGCAAAAACUACGUGAGACUCAGGUGUCCGAGGAAAGUACAAUGACACAGAACCAACAAGUUGAAGAAAGAGUUAUAGAACAAGAAAGCAAACACGACGCAUCAACCCAGAAGAGCUCUGUAGGUGGGGAUAGUCAACAAACAAGUGAUGAUCACCAAGGAAGCUUACAAGACCAGAUAUCGUAUAAAGAUCAACAACAAACCGUGCAACAUCAACAGCAAAAAGAAGACGAGCAAAAGCAAGAACAUCAGCAACAACAAAAAGAGCAGUCACAACAACUAUUGCAAGAGGGAACAAGCCAUGAUCAAAUAGAACAUGAUGAAGCACUACCCCAAAAUGAAGCACUACCCCAACAAUCCUCCACUAAAAAUGAUGAUCAAAAGUCUCAAGAAACAACUACCACCAAAACUCAAGAUCAAACUCAAAAUAGCAAAAGCCAACAUGAGAGCAACUCAAACACAAACAUAGACGCCAAACAUAAAGAAGAGAAGGCAACUCAAUCAAAUCCAGACGAUUCAUUCUUAGGGGGAGAGACUUCAGGGAUACCGAAAGAGUCUAAAGAGUCAAAGAAAUCCUGGUCAACGCAAGCAGAUCAAUCUGAGAACCAAAAAGAGAGACGGAACAAUGGACCGGGAGAUCAAGAUGGGAGCAUCUAUGGGUAUACAUGGCAGCUGUGUAAUGCAACGGCAGGUAAAGACUACAUACCCUGUUUAGACAAUGAGAAAGCAGUGAAAAAGUUGCGUACUACAAGGCAUUUUGAGCAUCGCGAGAGGCAUUGUCCUGAGGAGCCUCCCACCUGCCUUGUCCCUGUCCCGGAGGGUUACAAGAGGCCUAUAGAGUGGCCUAAAAGCAGAGACAAGAUAUGGUAUCAUAAUGUUCCUCACACCUUGCUAGCAGAGGUGAAAGGGCACCAGAAUUGGGUAAAGGUGACGGGUGAGUUCCUCACUUUUCCAGGUGGUGGCACACAGUUCAUACAUGGUGCAAUACACUAUAUUGAAUUCAUUGAAGAGGCAGUACCUGAUAUUGCUUGGGGGAAGCACACACGAGUCAUAUUGGAUGUUGGUUGUGGGGUAGCGAGCUUUGGGGGCUUCCUUUUUGAAAAAGAUGUUAUUACGAUGUCUUUUGCACCCAAAGAUGAACACGAGGCUCAAGUUCAGUUUGCCCUUGAAAGAGGAAUACCUGCAAUAUCUGCUGUCAUGGGCUCUCAGCGGCUGCCAUUUCCGAGCAGGGUGUUUGAUCUUCUCCAUUGCGCACGUUGUCGGGUUCCCUGGCACGUCGAAGGCGGUGCUCUUCUUCUGGAACUGAACCGUGUUCUACGACCAGGGGGUUACUUUGCUUGGUCAGCCACACCUGUGUACCAGACACUUGAAGAAGAUGUAGAGAUCUGGAAAGAAAUGUCUGCACUAACAAAAAAAAUCUGUUGGGAGCUUAUUACCAUCAAGAAAGACAAACUAAAUUCUGUCGGUGUUGCCAUCUACCGCAAAGCAUCCUCAAACGAAUGUUAUGACCAAAGAAAGCAUAACAAACCUCCAAUGUGUAAAACUGAUGAUGAUCCAAAUGCUGCCUGGUAUGUAGCUCUGCAGUCCUGCAUGCACCGUGUGCCAGAGGAAGAGACUGAGAGAGGGUCCCGAUGGCCUGUGGAUUGGCCUAGCCGGCUACAGACACCUCCAUACUGGUUAAACAAAUCCCAGAUGGGAAUUUAUGGGAAGCCAGCUCCUGAUGAUUUCUUGACAGACUACCAACAUUGGAAACAGGUGGUGAGCAAGACGUAUCUCAGUGGAUUGGGAAUCAGCUGGGCCAAUGUGAGAAACAUCAUGGACAUGAGAGCUGUUUAUGGAGGGUUUGCUGCGGCAAUGAAGGACCUUAAAGUGUGGGUCAUGAAUGUAGUGAACAUAGACUCUCCAGAUACACUUCCCAUAAUCUAUGAACGUGGCCUCUUUGGGAUAUACCAUGACUGGUGUGAAUCCUUUAGCACGUACCCCCGAACCUACGAUCUCCUACAUGCUGAUCACCUUUUUUCAAAGCUGAAAAAGAGGUGCAAAAUUGGACCUGUCAUGGCAGAGGUUGAUAGAAUAGUCAGGCCAGGUGGUAAGUUGAUUGUCCGUGACGAGUCGGCGACAAUUGGAGAAGUCGAGAACUUGCUGAAGUCCAUGCACUGGGAGGUUCAUUUAACCUUCUCCAAAAACCAGGAAGGGAUACUCAGUGCACAGAAGUCAGAUUGGCGGCCAGAUAUAUAUGCACCUGCUUCUUGAUAUGGAGAUAAACAAAAUAUGGCUUCAAAUUAUAUGGACCUCUUGGACAGUCUGUAAGAAAGAAGGCAAAAUUUCAACAGUUCAUGUUGUAGCAUUCUGGUAACUUAGGAACAUGACAUUUAUCUGCUGAAAUACUGCAAGAUAAAUGUAUUUUUAUCACUGCUGUCAAUUAAUGGCAACAUAAACAUUGCUGUAAUAGGAUCAGUU